GCCAAAGGUUACGUAUCUAGCGCGUCGGUCUCUUUUCGCCGCCUUUCCUGUGCCGGCUUGGUUGGUGUCCGUCGAGGAACGCGUGAGAGCAGACUACCCAUCCACAACACAUCAUGGGCAAGGAUCCGCUGCGUGUCUGCGUGACUGGCGCGGCCGGCCAGAUCGGCUACUCGCUGCUCUUCCAGCUGGCUGAGGGCAACGUCUUCGGCGCCGACCAGCCUCUGAUCCUGCAGCUGCUCGACAUCACGCCGUGCCUGCCGGCGCUGAACGGGGUCGUGAUGGAGCUGCAGGACUGUGCUCUGCCGCUGAUCCAUGACGUUGUUGGCACUGCUGACCCUCUUGUAGCCUUCAAGGACAUAGACGCCGCCUUCCUGGUGGGUGCCAUGCCACGCCGUGAAGGCAUGGAGCGCAAGGACCUGCUGGCUGCUAACGUCAAGAUCUUCAAGGAGCAGGGCAAUGCCCUGGACCAGGUGGCCAAGAAGUCGGUCAAGGUGCUGGUCGUCGGCAACCCGGCCAACACCAACGCGCUCAUCUGCUCCAAGUACGCGCCUUCCAUUCCGCGCGAGAACUUCUCGGCGAUGACGCGGCUCGACCAGAAUCGCUCUCAGGCGCAGAUCGCCGCCAAGCUGGGCGUGCCCAACAGCGCCGUGCGCGGCUGCAUCAUCUGGGGCAACCACUCGUCGACGCAGUACCCGGACGUGGCGCACGCCGAGGCCGAGGUGGGCGGCCGCUGGGUCAAGGUGCCCGAGGCGGUGGGCGACGAGCAGUACCUGCGUGGCGAGUUCAUCACCACCGUGCAGAAGCGCGGCGCCGCCAUCAUCGCCGCGCGCAAGCUCUCGUCGGCCAUGUCGGCGGCCAAGGCGGCAUGCGACCACAUGCACGACUGGUUCGCCGGCACGCCGGCCGACCGCUUCGUCAGCAUGGCCGUGUUCUCGGACGGCUCGUACAAGACGCCGGAGGGAGUCAUGUACUCGUUCCCCGUCACCAUCGCCGCCGGCCAGUGGAAGAUCGUGCAGGGCCUGAGCAUCGACGACUUCGCGCGCGAGAAGAUGGACGCCACCGGCAAGGAGCUGGUCGAAGAGCGCGAGGAGGCGGUGGCCGCCUGCGCCUGAGGGCGCGGCCGGGCCCUCAGCGCCCUCUAGCCGCGCGGCCGGCCGGUCAGUCCGCUCGGGUGCGCGCGCGGCCCGCCGGGGGCCCGGCGACACUCGCCGUCAGCAGACGCGCGCCAUCAGGUAGCUGCGGUGUGUUGGGUAGGCCGGCCGUGCCCGGCCGUCGGCGGCGUGCAGUUGGUCUGCCGUGGUACCAGCCUGCCACCGCGGCUUUACCCUGUGACGCGCGCCUACGGCGGCGGUCCCCGGAGUCAUUUUUGUUUUGGUAGUGGGAUAUAUGCUGUGGGUUCCAAGAGACGCUGCUAGUGCCAGGGUCGAAUUUAGUUGACGAAUUGACCAAUCUGUAACCACGUCCGAACUGAGGUCGUCAAGCACAUCGUUUCCUAUUGCAACUGUUGUUCAGAUCAUGUCGGCCCUUGGUGGACCAGCAAUACACGAAUACAAGAAUUCGUAAUCUA